CAGAACAGUUUGAAUUUGUUAUGCAGCGUUUUUUGGAUUUGGUAAAAGAUGGGCCAGAUUUUGUGUGUUGUGUUUGCCAAAGAUUGUUAUUCCAACAUCAGGUUUUAAGUUGUAAUAGAUAUUAUUAUAGCACAAAAACAAUAGGUUCAAUUUUUGAAAAAUGUGUAAGUGAGAAAUAUUUACACAAAUGUGAUACGACCUGUGUAAUGCCAUGUCAGUGGCUGGAUACACCCAGGAGCAAGCUGUGGAUUUGUUAUACAUGCCAUUAUAAGAUUAACAAAGGUGAAAUACCACCUGAGUGUGCAUCAAAUAAUUUGAGAGUUCAUCCCAUUCCACCAGAAUUGUCAUGUUUGAAUAGUAUAGAGCAACAUUUGAUUGCAUUACAUAUACCAUUUAUGAAAAUGUUAGCACUACCUAAAGGGGGGCAAAAUGGAGUACAUGGACCUCUAACAUGCGUACCAGCAAAUAUUGUGCAAACUUCUAAUUUAUUGCCUCUUUCUAGCAUGGAAGGAUCUUUGUUGCCUGUAAAACUGAAGCGUAAGUUAACUUAUAAAGGCCAUUAUAAAUAUCAGUUUGUUGACACUAUGCACAUAAGAAAAGCAUUAAAAUGUUUAAAACAGAUAAAUGUGCAUUACAGGGAUGUAGACUUUAAUGAAGUUUGGCUAAAUGAGUUUUGUAGAGAACAAGAUAAUGAAGUUUUAGAAAAGGAAAGAGAUGGACAUGCAGAAGGUAAAGAAACAUCUAUAGAUGUUGGUGAAGAUGAGCUUUUGCAUGACAGACAACAACACUGCAUGUUUCAGGACACAUGUCUCAUGCCUGUUGACAUUGGUCAGGAAGCACUAGAUCAGUAUUUUGAUGGUAUAAUGAAUCUGGCACCAGCAGAAGGGAAUAAUCCAGUCAAAUUGCUUUCUGAUUUUGCAAAUGAAGCAAAAUGCUUCCCAGUGUUAUUUCCACAGGGAUGUAAUACAUACCAUGAAAAGCGAGACAACCGUUUGACAUUGUCAAGGUAUUUUAAUAACCGAAUUUUACAUGCUGAUGGUAGGUUUGCACAAAAUGUAGAAUAUAUAUUUUUUGCUCAGUACAUGUCUGAAAUUGAACAAGUUGUGUCAAAUGUAUCGAUUGCAUUGCGUAAAGGAAAAAGUGGCUGUAUGUCUCAAAAAGUUAAUAAUAAUGUUUUGAACAAUGAAGAGUCUUUAAAGAAACUGCUGGAAUUUGAUGACGGAUUUCGAUUCCUUAAACCUAUUCGCGGUACCCCAGCUUUUUGGCAGUCAGCACAACGUGACCUACUUGCUUGUGUUCGUCAGUUUGGUAUUCCUACUUGGUUUUGUUCAUUUUCAUCAGCAGACAUGCGCUGGAACAAUCUUCUUUUUAGCAUUUUGAAACAGGAGGGAAGAACACAAACGGUUGAAGAAUUACAGUGGGCAGACAGGUGUGAGCUUCUGCGCCGCAACCCUGUCACUGCGGCAAGAAUGUUUGAUUUUCGUUGGCAUUGUUUUUUAAGGGAGGUACUUAUGUCUUCAUCCCAUCCAAUAGGUAAAAUUAAGGAUUAUUUUUACCGUGUUGAAUUUCAGCAGCGUGGUUCACCUCAUGUCCAUUGCCUGUUUUGGAUUGAGAAUGCCCCAAUAAUUGAUAAAAACACAGAUGAAGAGGUAAUUCAGUUUAUUGAUAAAUAUGUAACAUGUGAAUUACCAUCACAGGAUGAUUCAUUGUUGGACACUGUUACAUCUGUGCAGCAGCAUUCAAAACGACAUUCCAAAACUUGUAAAAAGAAAAAAACUGUUUGCCGUUUUAAUUUUCCCAGGCCAGUAUCUACUCAAACAUUUAUAUGUCAUGGAAAAAAUGACACAAUAAAACCGUGUAAGUGUCAGGGAGAUAAUAUUGAUAAUGUAACUAAAGAAUGUGCAUGUCUAAAUCAAGGUCUGACAGAUUUUAAAAUGAACACAGAAAAAGCAGGUGACAUUUUGUCAUCCAUAAAAAAGUCUCUUUCAGAUGAAAAUUGCAAUUAUAACAGUGUGGAACAUUUGUUUAAACAUUUAGGUAUAAAUCAAUCAAUUUUUGAGCUUGCAUAUAAAUCCUUUACUCGAAAUACACAAGUUGUCCUGAAAAGACAGAUCAAUGAGGUUUGGGUCAAUCAAUAUAGCAAACCACUGUUGAAAUGUUGGAAUGCAAAUUUAGAUAUCCAGUAUGUUGUUGAUGCAUAUGCAUGUGUGGUCUAUAUAAUUUCUUAUAUAUCAAAGUCAGAAAGGGAGAUAGGAUUGUUGUUAAGUAAUGCACAAAGAGAAGCACGUAAAGAGGGAAACAUUAGUGCAAAAGAUGCACUGAAAAACCUUGGCAGUGUUUAUUUGCAUAACAGAGAUGUAUGUGCUCAAGAAUCUGUGUAUAGAUUAACAAAUAUGCAUCUAAAGGAGUGUUCGAGGAAAGUUGUGUUCGUACCAACAGGAGACAAUGUCAUUAAAAUGAGUCUACCUUUAAAUGUAUUGAGGCAAAAAGCAAAAUCAAACAACUUAACGACAGAAGACAUGUGGAUGACUAGUAUUGUAGAUCGUUAUAAGAACAGACCAAAUGAUUUGAGCGAUUUGUGUAUGGCAACAUUUGCAUCAGAAUAUCGUAUUUUGAGUAAAAAUGAAAAAUCUCAGAAUCCUCUUCAAUUAAAUAAUGGUUGUGGCUUUAUCACAAAAAGAACACGAACAAAACCAGCAGUUGUCCGUUAUGUGCGCUUUUCUGAGGAAAAAAAUCCAGAACAAUUUUAUCAAAGUAUUCUGCAGUUGUUUUUACCAUACCAUGUAGAUAUGCAGCUAAAACCUCCUAAUUGUGAAACAUUUGAACAGUUCUACAAAAAUGGUCAUGUAACAUUUAGUGAUGGCUCUAGAUAUUCAGUCAAGUCAGUUGUUGAUUUAAAUAGAAAGAAGUUUGAAAUGGAGGCAGAUGAAUUCGAUAAUAUCCAAGAUGCAAUUGACAAUAAUAGUCCAAUAGAAGAUGGCUGGUGUGACCUGUGUCCGGAGCAGGAGUUAGAGCGUUUAAUUUGUGCAGAGCAAAUGAAAGACAAAAAACAGCAAGUGGAAGAACAAGAAAAAAAUAUUCCAGAUUUAACAACAAGUAAUGAAAAAGUUGCACAUUUGGAAAAGAAAAAUAAUAUAAUGUGUAGAAGUGAUGGUUUGGCCUUAAUUAGAUCUUUGAAUGAUACACAGUUAUCUAUUUUUUAUCAGAUUCGUCAAUGGUGCUUAGAUAAGAUAAUAGGGAAAAACCCAAAUCCGUUACAUAUAUUUAUUACUGGUGGUGCAGGGACAGGAAAAAGCCAUUUAAUAAAAGCUAUACAAUACGAAGCAAUGAGGUUGCUAUCAACAGUGUGUCGUCAUCCUGACAAUACUUGUGUUUUGCUAGCUGCUCCUACAGGAAUCGCAGCAUAUAAUCUGAAUUCAAGAACUCUCCAUAACACACUCAGCAUUGGAAAAGAUGUUCGCUUACCAUACACACCUUUGAGUGAAGAAAAGCUCAAUUGUUUGCGUGCCAAAUAUAGUGAUCUGCAAAUUUUGAUAAUUGAUGAAAUAUCCAUGGUUGAUCACAAUCUAUUAGCGUACAUUCAUGGUAGGCUAAGACAGAUUAAGCAAACUGGUGACUUUUCUCCCUUUGGAAAUGUAAGUAUAAUUGCUGUUGGAGAUUUCUUUCAGUUGCCUCCAGUUAAAGGGAAACCCCUGUAUAUUGAUGACAUACUAGGUAUUAACCUAUGGUCUACUCUGUUUUCAGUUGUAGAAUUAAAAACAAUAGUUAGGCAAAAAGAUAAUAUGUUUGCAGAGUUACUAAAUAGAUUACGAAUUCGCACAAAAAAGACUCCAAUGUUAAACUGUGACAUUGAUUUAUUAAAAAAAUGUGAAACCGGUGAAGUCAGCCCAGCUUUACAUAUAUUUCCCACUAACAGACAAGUAAAUGAGCAUAAUGUGCAGCAACUAUUUAAAACUUGCCCUGAAUAUGUUGAGAUAGAUGCUCAAGAUUUUAUAAAUAACAAUAAAACCGGAAAACUUGAACUGAAAAGUGGUCAUCAUGCAAAAACAUAUAAUACUUGUCUAGAUGAAACACUGCUCUUAGGGAAAGGUGCUCGUGUAAUGUUGUGUAAAAAUGUAGAUGUAAUUGAUGGUCUGGUUAAUGGUGUGUGUGGCACAGUAACAGACAUAGUUUUUCUUAACAGUGAACACAAGUUCCCUCAAACAGUGUAUGUCAAAUUUGAUGACAAUCAAGUUGGUGUACAAAGGAGAAAAUGUAGUGCAUAUGCUUCAGCAGCUGAAAUGGGUUCUACAGGUAUCAAACCGGAAGAGGAAAGAGUGCAUAGUAAAGGGGGAUUGCGACGACAAUUUCCACUAAAACUUGCUUGGGCUUGUACAGUACAUAAAGUACAAGGAAUUACUGUUGAUAAAGCUGUAGUGUCCCUUAAAAAGAUAUUUGCACCUGGACAGGCAUAUGUGGCUUUAAGUCGCGUUAGAAGUUUGUCUGGUUUGAUUAUUCAAGAUUUUGAGGAGAAAGCUAUAUAUUGUAAAGACAGCAUUAAGGAUGCAAUUCAAACCAUGCCUAGAUUUUCUGUUAGAAAUAUACCAUACCACAAAUUGAAAACACAAACAUUCAGUGUAUUUUUGAUGAAUGUGCAAAAUUUAACACACCAUUUAACAGAUUUGGUUUUGCAUACUGACUAUUUGGAACCUAACUGCAUUGCUGUUACUGAAACAUGGCUACCUGCAGAUAUCUCAUUAGAAACUAUACAUAUUGAUGGAUACAGUUUUCAUAGUCAACCACGAAGUUUAUCUUACAGUACUAGUAACCCAACAUUAACUGAACUACAAGCUCAACAACAUGGUGGUGUUGGCAUGUAUACCUCAAACAGUUUGGCAUAUAAUGUUGUCCAGGUACCAAAUGUCAAUUUAGAAUGUUUAGUUUGCAACUACACAGCACACAAUAUACUAAUAGCAGUUAUUUAUCGGCCACCUUCAUAUCCUAUUUCUUUGUUUAAAGGAAAUCUAAACAAAUUGUUUAAUUUUCUAGAACCCCUAAGUAAUACAAUUGCUGUCAUUGGAGAUUUCAAUGAUAAUAUUUUAAACUCUUCAACAAUCUGCAAGUUUAUAACAAACAGAGGGUUUGUUUAACAUGUCACACAAACCACAACAGAAAAGGGCACAUUAAUUGAUCAUGUAUAUGUAAAAACAACACAUUAUACCAUAAAAUCAAAAGUGUUUCCAACGUAUUUCAUCGACCAUAAGGGUAUUUUUUGUUCUUUUACAUGUAAUACUAUUAACACUAAUGAGGAGGCAUCUGGCCAGUUGUAGGUUGUAACUGUGGCUGUAACUAUUCAGCUUUGUUUGGCAAAUGAGUUAGAGAUUCAAUGAGAAUCCUUGUGGAUACUUUAUCUCUACUGAGCCAAAUAUUGCUGUAUUGCAGUGAGUGUUCACUGCAAGUUAGAUAUUCAAGUGUAACAUAUUAAAAAAAAAUUGCUUGACAAAGUAAAUGGAAAGAGAAUUUACAUCCUUGUAGCACAACUGUGACUUUCAAAAUAAUGGUUUCUUUUCCUGCAUUGCAACAACAUUUACAUUUUUAAUUUGUAAUCAUAUUUGAUUUAUCAUAAUUAAUUUACAUUUGCACUUAUAAUAGCAUAGUUAUAUACAGUAGGUAAACAAAAUAUAUCAGUAAUUAUAUGAUUGACAGAAAUUAAUUUGUUGUACCAGUGUUCCUAUUUUAAACUCUUCAACAAUCUGCAAGUUUAUAACAAACAAAGGGUUUGUUCAACAUGUCACACAAACCACAACAGAAAAGGGCACAUUAAUUGAUCAUGUAUAUGUAAAAACAACACAUUAUACCAUAAAAUCAACAGUGAUUCCAACGUAUUUCAGCGACCAUGGGGGUAUUUUUUGUUCUUUUACAUGCAAUACUAUUAACACUAAUGAGGAGGCCCAGUUGUAGGUUGUAACUGUGGUUGUAACUGUUCAGCUUUG